CAAGAUCCCCAGAGGAACCUAGGAUCAUGUGCAUGGUCUGGAGGGAGAGAGGAAGGAACAGAUCCUGAGAAACCCAUGGUGUCCCCCAAGUUUGCUGUCUGGACACUGCUACUGCUGGUGUUGCUGGGGUCACCCAUCCAGGGCUGGGCGGUACACCGCUCCUGCAGUGUCCCAGAGGUGCUUCGUCAUUAUCAAGCCGUCAUCUUCCAGGACUUGCAGGCUGCCAUGAAGAGGGUUGGAAUGGGAGUCCAACGUACAAGGCUAGGCUCCCCACACCAUUUCAUUCAGAAAAACCUGACUGAGGCUGAUGGAGGGCUGGGACAGCCUGGUGCCUCCUGCAAUGCACAAAAGGAGCACAGUAUCCUACUGUCCAUCAAGUCCCUGGGUAGGACCCUUCGGGGAGCUAUGGCUGGGGUCCGCAGAGGAGCCCUGGAGAAAGCGGCCUGGACAGUGGUCUUACGCACUGAGGCUGUAAUGCGCCGCCAUUGCUGGACUCCACGCCAGGUGUGCCAGCAGCCCAAGCUGCGCGCUGUCCUGCAUGGCCGUGACCGGAAGCGGCGCCUGCUGCGUGCCUUAUACACUGUCGCCACCUGCUGGGAGAAGCUCUUUGCACUGGGUGCAGUGAACACCAGAGAAUCAUAG